AUGACUUUAGAUAACAACAAUCGUCGGGAAAGUGUCAAAAGAACGUCAUCGUCGUCGUCGUCGUCGUUGUUGUUGCCAUCGACAAACAAGCGUAAAAAUUUCCGUCCGAGAUCGAUCGUGACGACAAACGAAACAAAAUAUAAAAAACCGGAAACGGAAAAUGUUAUGACCAAUGAUUCGAAUGUAGCAACGGUCGUUGUUACGUCUGACGAAAUGGACGAUCCGGAAGAGAAACAAACAAUUAAAAAUCGUAGGAAAACCUAUUGUAAGACUCCAUUGAAACUCGUCAAUAGACCGGAAGUUAUGGAUUUAAGUAUAAAAGACGGUCGGGAAUACGUCGUCGACGUCGCCAACGAUGACGAUUACGUUGUCGACGAUGACGAAAACGACGAUGCUGAUGAUGAAGAUGACGUCAUCGUCGGUGUUCGUGGCGGCGGCGGCGGUGACGACGGCGAUGACGACGACGAUGUUGAUUCCGCGUGCGAUGAAAGCGCGAGCGACAGCGGUUUUUCUCGCGAAAGGAUUAAUUUGAAAAAAUACCGCCAUGUAAAAACAAAGUGCCAUUACGGUGAUAAACCGGAAAGUUUAUUAAAUUUAUUGAAUUCAUCUAGGGAAAACAAUCCGUUCGGUAUCGAUUUAUCGAAAUUUAAUAAAAAUAUUGCUCAAAAUAAUUUAAUCGCCGAUUAUUGCGUCGAUGAUGAUGAUGAUGAUGAUGACGGUGAUGGUGAUGAUGAUAAUAAUAGAAACGGUAAAGACUCGUCGUCGUACGAUAAGACUAAUAAUAGUGAUGAUAACGAAUAUAAUUCCGUGGUGUCUCAAGUUGGCAACGAUGGAUCCGGUACCAAUACUCAUCAAUUACCCGGAACUCAACCAGGUGAAGCGAGCGCCAUGAAGGAAUAUGCAGAAAGUACAAUGAGAGAACUUUUGAGAAUUUACGGUUUGGCAAGCAACGAAAUGUCCGAACCCAUAACUAAAAACGUACACAUAUCCAACUUUUCUGCAGGUCAAUCAAAUCCGCGAAACAAAAAAGAAAUUCAAUUAAAAGAAAAGUUAGGAGGUGGGUGA